GAGCCGCCAUGUUGCCUGUUUGAGGUCGCGUCGGAAUUACACAAAUUUGUAUCCUUUUAUCGUUGUGCGCUAUUAAAAGCGACUUUUUCGGUAUAAAAUAGUGUCCCAAGUGUAUGUUGUGCAAUAAUUUGACAAUAGUUUUCGAAAAAACUUUACUUAAGAUAGGUAAAAUCGCUCGUCAAAAAUUGUUCCUCUGAUUCUGACGGAAGAUGGUUGUAGGCUGUCGCACAGUGUAGUCGACAGGCCGGACUAGUCGAAGUUCAUAAUGGCCGAUGGUUGACUUUAAGUUUUGAUUAUUUUGUGCCUUCGGAAAUGUAUCGACCAUCGAACACUCGGUAUAUGAAGCGAUUUAUGCUGAUUUCCUUCGGAAAAACAAUGUUUUUCUAUUUGUAUCCGAAAUAACGCGGCUCCGAUCGCAUUUGUAUUGGUCAGGCCAGAGCUUUGGCUUGUUAAAAUCGAGAGCCUCGAUUAUUAUAUCCCGACCGAUAUGGCCGAUCAUCUAGUGGAUGGGCCCCCCAAUGCCAAAAGGCAAAAAUUGGACCACUUUCCUGGUCCCUCGGACUCCUCCGCUUACAACAACUAUGGGUUGGGAUCCACAGAAUCAACUCAAGGUGGUGGUGUGUUCAAUCCUAGGAACCAGUGGAACUUUAGCCAAAAUCAAAAUGUCCUAGCAAAUAUGCUAGACUUGGAGAAUGAUUUGCCUGACGAAUUGAUUUCAUCGUCUUCAUGGCUUCCUGAUCAUAUGGGAAAUCAAAAACCACCUGCCCAAGGUCCAGGGCCUGGUGGGAUGCAAAAUGGCAUAGACAACACUGACGCCAACACCCUAAGACAAAUGCAAAUUAGUCAUUUGUUGCAACAGAGUAACAAAGGACUUGUUGGUAAUUCCUUAUUAGGUGGAGGUCAGUUGGGAAGUAAAAGUCCCAAUUUACAAUCGCCUCCAAAUGUUUCAGUGUCUAAAGGUGGAGUGGUAGAUCAAAUGAAUCUUGGUAAUUUGCCUUCUGGCAUAGGCAAUGCAGCUGGACUUCAGGCUAUUGCCAACAAUGGAAGUAAUCCACAAGUGAUGAGUUCUAUUCAAGGCUUGAAUAAUACAGCUGGAGGAAGUAUGAUUAUGACCAAUAGUAAUAUAAGUUCCAUUGGAGGAAUGGGUGGUGGAGGUUUGGUUGUCAGUAGUGGGGCUGUCAACAAGCCUCAACUCACUUCAGGACCCAAUAUGAUAUCUGGGCAGCCUCAUCAUCCUGGUAAUCAUAAUAUUCCUCAGGGAUUACAAAAUGGUCCUAUGAUCAAUCGAUUGCCACACAUGAACAGAGCCCCUGGACCUCAUGGAAUCCAUAUAGGUGGUUCACGUCUUCAAAAUUCCAACCUUAUAAUUGGAGGUCCAAUGAAUCAGGGAAUGCCUGGAAAUUCACCUUAUCCUUAUGCCAAUUCCAUGAAUCAAGCUGGCCCACCAGUUGGCGUUGUAACACCCCAGCAAAAAAUUCCAGGCACGAAUCCCAGAUUUGGUGCACCCUCGUCCGGUCCUGUAGGACCAAUGGGGGGCGGACCGAUGGGCGGCGACGGCAGUAUAGUACAAACACAACCUCCGGCACCUUCACCGGCGCAACCGCAAUCCGGAGCGCCAAGCGUUUCGCAGCCGGGACCGCAACAGGCGACUCAGAAUCAACCUGGUCAGCAGGGUGCGGCGCCAGCACCCUCGACAGAUCCAGAAAAACGUAAACUGAUCCAACAACAACUGGUUUUACUACUACACGCUCAUAAAUGCCAACGAAGAGAGUCCACCCAAGCCAAUGGCGAAUCGUGGACGUGUACACUGCCACAUUGUAAAACAAUGAAAAACGUACUUAAUCACAUGACCACUUGCAAUGCCGGUAGGAGUUGUAGUGUGGCGCACUGUAGUUCGUCCAGGCAAAUCAUCAGCCAUUGGAAAAAUUGCGUUAGGCAAGAUUGUCCAGUUUGCCUACCAUUGAAGCAAGCUGAUAAAAACAGAAAUAAUGCAGCAGCGGCGGCAAACGCUCCACAAAAUGCUGUCCAACAGCCUGCUGUUAAUAAUUCUGAAGCUCAAUUGAGAAGAACUUAUGAUACGCUUGGGUUGUCUAAUCCCAGCACUGGUCCUGCCCCGUGUUUGCCCAAUGCGGCGCCACUAAGGCAGGCGCUCAGGUUGCCCAUCAACCCUAACGCUCCACUUCAGAAUCGUGGUCCAACAGGGAUUUUAAGACCUUGUCCUCCUGGCCCACAAAAUGUCGCUCCCAAUGUUAGUUUGGCACCUAAUGUCAGCUUGCCUUUAGGUAGCGACCCAUCUUCGAAUAUAUUAGGACCCAGUCAAGCCAUCAAUCAACAAAAUAGUACUUUCCAACAAAAUGUGAAUAGUGUCAUGAUUGGUUUGGCAAGCGGCGCAGAAGCAGCCAAUCAAGGAUUAGUCAGUCAAUUACCUGGUGGUUUGCAACCGGGACAAGUUACAGCUUCACCAGUAACAGGGACCAAAGAAUGGCAUCAAUCUGUUACAGCUGAUUUAAGAAAUCACCUUGUACACAAAUUAGUCCAAGCAAUUUUUCCAACUCCGGAUCCUCAAGCGUUGCUGGAUAGGCGAAUGCAUAAUCUAGUUGCUUAUGCGAGGAAAGUCGAAGGAGACAUGUACGAAAUGGCCAACUCGCGAUCCGAAUAUUAUCACUUGCUGGCUGAAAAAAUUUACAAAAUCCAAAAAGAACUUGAAGAAAAGAGGCAAAAGAGAAAAGAGCAGGCUCAAGCCCAAGCCCAACAGCAAGGUAUGACUCCAAAUAUUCAAGCUUCUGCUCGGCCUCAAGGCAUGCCACUUCAAGCUAGACAAACUUGCAGGCUAGGAUCUCCAAAUUCUUUGCAACCAAAUUUAGGCCUUCCCUCGUCUGGCAACCAAAUGGUAUUUCCUGUUCAGCAAUCUAAUUCUGCGACGCAACCACAGCAGCCACAACAACAACCUAAUUUGGUAGGAUUACCAGGACCUAGUCCCACAAUUUCCAACCCUGGUUCAUCUCCUUUUGGUAAUCCUCUUUCCCAAGGAAGCACUACAUCAGCUAACCAGUUCACUUCAAACGGACCAAUAAGCUUGCCUCAAGCUUCUCCAGUUGGGGUACAACAAAACCAAUUUGAUAUGGUCAAAAAUAGUAGAGUAUCUCCGUCACCUUCCAGUUUUGGGCAGCAGCAAGCCUCUCAGCAAAUACCAAGUUCUAUUCAGCAAAAUGGUACUCCUAGGUUGCCCAAUAAUGAAAGUGUGACGACUCCUCACGGAACUGCAACGGGACCAAAGUCUGUUAGUUCAUCUAGAGGCCCGUCUCCUUCACCAGCAACGCCGAUACAAGCUUCUCCUAAUACAGCAGCCAGUCUUGGGAAAGGCAUGAGUAGUGCAGAGAGGGCGGCACAAAACGCUCCAAGGCAAUCUAACUUUUCAUCUCAAAUGGCGGCACUUAUAGCUGCGAACGAUAACAAUGACGAUUCGCCGCCCGCUUCUGAAGGAAACAAGGGUAAAUUAGAAAUAAAAUCCGAGCCUAUGGAGAUAAAACAAGAAAUGGAUGAUAAUCAUAGUGAUUCGCAAAGCGAUUCGAAUGUAGGGGGCAAAAAUAUGAAUAGUGAUAUAAAAACUGAAAUUAAAAUGGAACCAGAUAUGGAUAUGAAAUGUGGCAAGCAAAUCAAGGAAGAUCCAGAUGGCCCGGAUAUUAAACCGACAAUGGAUAAUGCUAUUGCCACUUCUAGUACUGAAGGCGGUAAACGAGUCAAGGUUUUUAAACCGGACGAGUUGCGUCAAAAACUGAUGCCAACUUUAGAAAAAUUGUACAGACAAGAUCCUGAAAGUAUACCCUUUAGACAGCCAGUAGAUCCUCAAACGUUGGGCAUUCCUGAUUAUUUUGACAUUGUGAAACGACCUAUGGAUUUAUCGACUAUCAAAAGGAAAUUGGAUAUAGGGACCUAUCAAGAUCCUUGGGAGUAUGUUGACGAUGUAUGGCUGAUGUUUGACAAUGCAUGGCUGUACAAUAGGAAAACUAGUAGAGUUUAUAGAUAUUGUACAAAGUUGUCAGAGGUUUUUGAGCUGGAAAUCGAUCCUGUAAUGCAAUCGAUGGGGUACUGCUGUGGUAGAAAGUACACGUUCAAUCCACAAGUUUUAUGUUGUUAUGGGAAACAGUUGUGUACAAUUCCAAGAGAUGCCAAGUACUAUAGUUACCAAAAUAGCUUAAAAGCCUAUGGACUUGGUUCUGACAGAUACACUUUUUGCCAAAAAUGUUUCAACGAUAUUCAAGGGGACACUGUGACAUUAGGAGAUGAUCCUACUCAAGCACAAACUGCCAUUAAAAAGGACCAGUUUAAAGAAAUGAAAAACGAUCAUUUAGAAAUGGAAGAGUUUGUUCAUUGCAAUGAUUGUGGACGUAAGUUACAUAAAAUUUGUGUUCUACACCACGAAGCAAUAUGGCCACAAGGCUUUACUUGUGACGAAUGUUUAAAAGUGAAAAAUACUAAGCGAAGAGACAAUAGAUACAAUGCCAAAAGAUUAAGCACCUCAAAUUUGAGUGUUUACAUUGAAAAUAGGGUAAACAUAUUCCUGAAAAAGAAAGAAGCUGGCGCUGGAGAUGUUCACAUACGUGUAGUUUCAAGUAGCGAAAAGAUGGUUGAGGUCAAGCAAGGAAUGCGUAGUAAAUUCGUAGACACCGGUGAACUUCCUGCAGAAUUUCCUUAUCGAGCAAAAGCCUUGUUUGCAUUUGAAGAAGUGGAUGGCGUCGAUGUGUGCUUUUUCGGUAUGCACGUCCAAGAAUAUGGAAGCGAAUGUCCUGCGCCCAAUACUAGACGUGUAUACAUAGCCUAUUUGGAUUCUGUGCAUUUUUUCAAACCCAAACAAUUUAGGACUGCCGUAUAUCACGAAAUUCUUCUAGGGUAUUUAGAUUAUGUUAAACAAUUAGGUUAUACUAUGGCUCACAUUUGGGCUUGUCCGCCUAGUGAAGGUGAUGACUACAUCUUUCAUUGUCAUCCUCCUGAUCAGAAAAUUCCUAAACCUAAGAGACUUCAAGACUGGUAUAAAAAGAUGCUCGAUAAAGGUAUCAUUGAAAGGAUUAUUCUCGAUUAUAAAGAUAUUCUCAAACAAGCUAUGGAGGAUAAUUUGCGAUCAGCAGCCGAUCUUCCUUAUUUUGAAGGAGAUUUUUGGCCUAACGUUUUAGAAGAGAGCAUUAAAGAAUUAGAUCAAGAGGAAGAAGAAAAACGAAAACAAGCAGAAGCUGCUGAAGCUGCGAUAUUUUCCUCAAUGGAAGAGAGCGAAGUGGGACCCGAUGGCAAAAAGAAAGGCCAGAAAAAAGCAAAAAAGAGCACAAAGUCUAAAGCAAACCAAAGAAAAAGUAACAAUAAAAAGUCAAAUACUCCUCAGACCGGUAACGAUUUGUCUGCAAAAAUUUUCGCCACCAUGGACAAACACAAGGAUGUGUUUUUCGUUAUCAGAUUGCAUUCUGUUCAAUCUGCAGCAAGUCUGAAGCCAAUCCAAGACCCAGACCAGUUCCUAGGUUGUGAUUUGAUGGACGGUCGCGACGCCUUCCUAACAAUGGCGCGCGAAAAGCACUUCGAAUUUUCAUCCCUGAGACGUGCAAAAUACAGCACGAUGUCCAUGCUCUACGAACUACACAAUCAAGGCCAAGACAAGUUCGUUUACACGUGCAACGAGUGCAAAUCGCACGUGGAAACCCGCUAUCACUGUGUGGCUUGCGAAGAUUUCGACUUGUGCAUACAGUGCUACGAAAAAGUCGGACACCCGCACAAAAUGGAGAAAUUGGGACUGUUGGACGACGCCAGUUCGCCUAGCGAUAAUAACAAGACCAAUCCGCAAGAGGCUAGGAAAUUAUCCAUACAAAGAUGUAUACAAUCAUUGGUCCACGCGUGUCAAUGCAGAGACGCCAACUGUCGCCUGCCAAGCUGUAAAAAGAUGAGCCGCGUGGUGAACCACACCAGAGGCUGUAAAAGAAAAACCAACGGCGGAUGUCCUAUUUGUAAGCAGCUCAUCGCCUUGUGCUGUUAUCACGCCAAGAAUUGUCCGGAAACUAAGUGUCCGGUGCCGUUCUGUCCCAACAUCAAGUACAAACUCAAGCAGCAACAAUUGCAACAGCGGCUACAGCAGGCGCAAUUGUUGCGGAGGAGAAUGGCGGUCAUGUCUAGGACUUCUAGUGUUAUGCCUGGAAAUAAUUCUAGUGGCAUGUCAGGUGGUGGAGGGCAAGUUGGACCUGGAGCAGUCAGUCCUGUUGGAGGAAUGAAUUCUGGUUUGCCGAAUCCGUCAAUGGGCAUUCAAUCCUCGCAUCAGUCAGGUCUCGGUCUGAAACCGGGCGCUCAAACUCCACCAGCUAACGUGCUACAAGUGGUCAAACAAGUACAGGAAGAGGCUGCAAGACAACAAGCUCCGCACGUCGGUUACGGUAAAGGCGUUCCUGGUCAAGUUCCUGGACAAAAUAUGCCACCUCCGCCUAUACGCGGCAUGCCCGGACAUCUAGGAAAUCAAGGUGGUAAUCUAUUGCCGAUGGAUCAAUGGCAACAAAGAUAUCCAGGAGCUGUGGGACCAGGAUUAAGACAACCCGGACAGCCUGGAAUGAAUCCGUCCGGUCAAAUGGGAGGGGCGCCGCCCAACGUGCAAGCGGGCGCAGCCGGCCAGUCCGCUGGGCAAGUGCGUCCCGUCGGUCCCGCUGGAGGCGCUGUCGGAGGUGUCAUGGGAAAUCCUACUGCCGCCGCAGCAGCCGCUGGUAAUGUUCUGCAAAAGCAGGCGUUGCAGCAGCUGAUGCAGACACUCAGGUCGCCUCAGAGUCCCGAGCAGCAGCAGCAAAUUCUAUCGAUACUAAAGGCCAAUCCUCAACUGAUGGCUGCGUUUAUCAAGCAAAGACAGGUUCAGCAAGCUGCGCAGAUGCAAGCGACUGGUGGCAACCCUCCUCAGCAGUUGCAACACAUGCUGACGCAACAAAACGCCGCCCAGCAACAACAGCAGCAGCAGCAGCAACAACAUCCUACGCGUAUGGCGAUGCAAGGAGGGAUGCUGGGCCAGGGACAACCCGGACUUAAUCAAGUUCCAGGUGGUCCCGGCCAACCGAUGAUUCAACAACAACAAUGGUAUAAACAUCAGCAAUUGCUCGCCAUGCAACGUCAACAGCAACAGCAGCACCAGCAGCAGCAACAGGCGGCCCAACAACAAGCGGGCUUCCAGCAGCCCGGCGGCUAUCAACAACGAUUGCCUGGUAUACGUCAGCCUCACAUGGGCUACAAUAAUUCGUUCAACGAUCAGCAAUAUCCGCCCAUGCAAGGUUUGAAACCGACCCCUCCGCCAGUUCCUUCGCCGCAGGGCAUGAUGGGCCCGCCCCAAGGGCAGGGCAUAUCUUCGGUGCAGCAACAGUUGAUGCAAAGUGUGCGGAGUCCGCCACCAAUAAGAAGCCCUCAACCAAGUCCAUCAACAAGACCUUCGCCAUCACCAAGAAACCAGGCAGUGGCCAGUCCUAGAGGACCUCAACCCUCGCCCCACGAUCUCGCCUCAUCAGAAAUGCUUUUGGGACAAAACCAUUCGUCGUUGCACCCGCACGCUAGUCCGGCCGGCGCUCAGAAUCAGGAAAGCGAAAUGCCAGCGAUGACGCCUCAAGAUCAGCUGAGUAAAUUUGUGGAACAACUCUAGUGGUGUCGGACGCUUUUAGCUUCGUCGUAUAGGAAAUCAGGAAACGAAUGACGGUCGAGGUACGGUCAGGAUUGAACGAUAAUGUUUUGAGGCACGAUGCGACCUCAAAAAAAAUAAACGCUAUCGGCCCCCUAAAAGGGAAAUUGACGAAUGAAAACCAGAGAAAAAUAAACUAGAACCAGGACCAAUAAUAAGGGAGUUGUGCAUGUUGUAUUUAUAUACAAUUUUUUUUUUAAAAAUUAUGCCAAUAAGAAAAAAAUAUUUACUAAAAUGCAUUCUAAAAAAACUAGUGUUUAUUAAGGUACAAUAAUUAAUUUAAAAUUGUAUGCUGCAUACCUGACGCACACUAUUUUUUCGGUUGUGCAUUUUUAAUAAUGUAUCUUCCAUUUUUUUUUUAAUGGAAGAAGAGAGACUCCGAAAGAGAACUGAUAAGGAUUUCUGAACAAGUGAUAUAUGCCCUGCCAAGUGCAGCUUAAUGUAUAUAAUAAGUAAAUUAUGUAAUGUAAAUAUUUUAAAAGUUGUUGUACAUAUGUGUCAUAGUACUUUGUACAAAUAUUUUGUGAAUAAUUUUCUAGUAAAUACUAAUUAAUUGAGAAAAAAAAAAAUACCUAAAAGUAUUUUGGGCUUUGCGAGGCUGUGUUUUAUUAUGGAUUGUUACCCCCCACCCCCCCGCCUACUUGAGGCAUAGCUACGCAACUGUUUGCUCGGUUUCUUUUUUACUACAUUGUGACUUUUUUAGCAACGUCUGUAUAGAAAAUUUAAUAAAAUUUUUAGAUUUAUAAGUGCCAGUCUUUGUACUGGUCGCUAUUGUGAUGGCCGGUCUUAUCCUGUUAAAGAGGAUAGGCUCCUGUUUGUUUUUAUAUAAUAUAUUUAUAAUUUAUAUAUAUCGUCUGUUUUAUUUUCUUCUCAUUGUGUUUUUUUUUUUUUUUUUUGUUACAUUCCACAAACCCCUGUGGAGUGUGUGUGUGUGUUUACCUGUGCUGGCCCUCCCGACAAUCUUUACAUAUGCCAGUGCAAUAAGAUAAAAAAAAUGAAAAAAAUGAAAACUUAUUCGACACUCCCUCCUAAUUUAUUACUUGAACAUAUAAAUUUAGAAUAAAUUAGCAUUAAGUAUUAUAUGAAAAUGAAUAAAAAUUGCUAUUUAA